GAGGAAAGAAGAAAAAAGAAAAAGAGAAGGCAUGGUAAAUGAGUUUGAUUGGACAGAAGUCAACCCAAUCAUCAACUUUUGGAAACCGUGGCUGCGUUUUGGGUGCACAAAUAUUUCCAGUUGAUCUUAUUAAUAAUAAUGUCUCACUCUCACUUUCAAAUCUCAACUCAAAAAAGAUUCGUUCGCUUUUCCCUUGUCUUAUUCAUUCUAAACCACUAACCAAAAGUUCGACUCAAUUUACACAAACUAUCUCUAGAUUGAACUAAUUCACAUGCCCAUCUUAUAGGUUCUAAUAUUUGUAUAACUGAUGAUAGACUUGUAUGAUAACGAAUUAGGUAAUCUAAAAGAAGAAAAGUUGAAAACUUUUACUAAUUUUUAAGAAAUUUGAAGGAGGAAUUAAGUAAUUGCCUCCCUUUUAACUAACUAAAUAUUAAGCUGAGUGGAGUUUCCACAGUAGUAAUGUUGGGUUCCCGGUGGGAAUUGAGAAAGAAAAUCAGAGAGAAUCGGAUUCUGUAACAAAAAAUAGGAAGCCCGCGCAGUGGAAGUGGCAGUAGGCCACGAUUGCCACCAUCCUUUCGAUUCCCUUCCCUUAUUUUCUCUCCACUUUCUCUUCUUCUUCUUCUUCUUCUUCUUCUUCCAUGUUCGUCUUCUGUUGAUUGCAGGGAUCAGAUUUUUUGGUUUUUGUUGGAUUUAUGGGAACAGAGCAUAUUGAUUCCGCUGAUGGAACACUUACUGAUCGUCUCCAAAAGCCUCAGGCAGAGGCCGGGGACUCGGCCGGAACCUCUCAUCUUAACCAUUGGAAGAGACCAAAUCUUGUUCUUGAGAUACCCUCCAGGACACCUGAUUUUGUUGCUAUAAGAAUGCCUCCAACAUCCAGUCCUACUCCUACACCCAGGAAAGUGAAUUUUGUGUUCACACCUACCUCUUCCGAUGCUGCAGCUACUGGAUCUUCAUCCAGACCCAAAUCAUCCAUCAAAACUCUGUUUCCAAAGCUUAGCUUCAUUUACCGAAGUUCGUCCGAUGCUGAGGUGGUGUCCGGCCUUGUUUCUGAGGCUUCUUCUUCAGGGGCACAUGAGAAGCCUCAAGCUCAAGCCGUAAAGCCCUUGUCGAUGGCCACAAUCUUCACACCUCGGUCGAAGCAAGCCUCGUCGCUACCUGUGACUCCUAUAGCUCAUUCAAAUCCAGAAUCUGCACAUGAUGGAAGCAAGGGGAGUGAACAGGACUCAGUAAGAAGAGGAGCUCAGAAACGAAUAUCUCGCUCCCUCUCGCUUCCAGUGAUUAACAAGGGUAGAAGCAUAAGGAGGACAGAUUCGUUUUUUCGUGUGAUUCCUUCAACCCCCCGACCAAAGGCAGGAGAUGUGACAUUGAAUACUUCUACAACAGCAGAAAUAGAGAAUCAUGAUGUCAAUGGCGAAGACAUCUCUGAAGCAGAUGCUGUUUGUAGAAUUUGCAUGGUUGAACUGUGCGAAGGAGGCGAGACUCUGAAGAUGGAAUGUAGCUGCAAAGGUGAACUUGCUCUGGCUCACCAAGAAUGUGCCGUAAAAUGGUUUAGUAUCAAGGGUAAUAAAACGUGUGACGUUUGCAAGAAAGAGGUUCAAAAUCUUCCCGUAACCUUGCUAAAGGUCCAGAGCAUUCGAACUCAAAUAUUAGGGGCAGCUAGGACUCAGCAGGACAAUGUCAAUGGGUAUAGGGUUUGGCAGGAGUUUCCAGUGCUUGUAAUUGUUAGCAUACUUGCCUACUUUUGCUUCCUCGAGCAACUCCUGAUGCAGGUUGCAAAAAUGGGUACCAGUGCAAUAGCCAUAUCCCUUCCAUUUUCUUGCGUUUUGGGUCUACUCUCAUCAAUGACCUCCUCAACCAUGGUGAAGAGAAGAUUCAUAUGGGUGUAUGCAACAGUACAAUUUGCCAUGGUGGUUCUCUUCUCGCACAUAUUUUACUCCGUGGUUGGUGUCCAAGCAGUUCUGGCCAUUGUACUGGCUACAUUAACUGGGUUUGGCAUUGUCAUGAGCGGAAGUUCAAUUACCGUUGAAUUUUUAAGAUGGAGAAGACGAUGGGGGCUACCUUCAACACAACAGCGCCUUGACCCUCAGAGAAUAGCGCAACCAAUACGACCAUUCAUAGCUAUAAGUUCACUACACAAUGCCAUUCCCCGCCAGCAUCCUACAGUUGGCGGAAACUCAGAAACAUCAAGCAGAAAUUAAGUCGAAACGGAGUUGGCCUACGGGAUACAUGAUUUUUUGAUGCAGGGAGUGUAUAUUGUUGCGUGUACAAUGAGUUUAGGUUGCGACUUCUCUGAACCAUAGCUUCCUUGUAUAGAAUUUGUGAUGUGGUUAGGAAGUUGUCAACUUGACAAAAGAUUGUAGAUAUAAAAAGAACACAGAGAAGAAGAAACCAGAGAGUUAAUCUAGUCCAUAGCAGCUCCUAAAAUGCAUCCUAUAUGCACAUGAAGCUUUCUCGUGAUCUUUUUUCUUGGUUAAACUAUACCAUGUUUGUUUCAAUAUUGUCGCUAUAAUUUUAAAAGGUUUCAGUUUUAUGAUUUGAUUUCGCU